AUGGUGCCACCCAGGAACAAGCAGCAGAGCACCACCAUCGGCUUCGACGGGUUCUCCCAGCGGUCCUCUUGCGAGAGGUCGUCGACGUCAACAUGCGGGGUUGGCGACGUGAUUCUAGAGUUUUGCACUCCCGGCGCUCGAUCCCCGAUAGACUUCGUCGACGCAACAACGGCGGCGGCGGCAUCCUGCCGCGGGAGGCCUUGCGGGGGAAACACCACCUGCUACGCACACGGCAGUAGCAGAGAUGUGCGGCCACCGGUCUUGUUGCGACAGCAGUCGGCGCCGGCAUCGUCGACGGCACGACCGUCGGCCGAGGCCAGCGUCUACACGGGCAAGCACCACCGCAGGACGUCGACGCCGCCGCUGGACGGCGCGCGUCUGACGCUGCUGGGCGUGUCCAAGGCGCUCAACACUCCCGUCCAGGACAACUGGGAGGUGGCCCGGGCGUUGCUGGAGUCCAACACCGACCUCCGGACAAGAAACGACCGCGGGAUGACCCCUCUGCACUUGGCAUGUUCAACUGGAGAGGUGGACGCGGCGAAGGUGCUGCUUCUCGCCGGCGCGGACUCCCACGCGAGAGACCACAGGUCUCGGUGCCCGCUGCACAUGGCGGCCUUGUCGGGAAAGUCGGAGUUGGUGUCCUCCCUGCUCACGUGCGGUGCGGACCCCAACAAGGCGUCCGACCUCGGCACGACGGCACUCCACAACGCGGGCUUUACUCCCUUGCACGUGGCGGCAAGGUGCGGGCGCUUGACUGCCCUGAGGGCCCUCCUGGACGCCGGCGAGGCCGUGGACUCGCCGUCCACCCCCGCGGGCACCACCCCGCUCCACCUCGCGGCCGGGUUCUCGCGGCUGAGCUGCGUGGAGGAGCUCCUCCUGCGCGGCGCCGACCCUUCGAGGAGGAACAAGCGCGGCGCCACGCCGCUGGACAUGGGCGGGCCCGAGACGAUGAGCGGCAAGGCCAAGCUCGCCAGGGAGGCGUUCGAGAAGAAGCUGGCGGAAGGGGAGCGGGUGAGGCUCGCCCUGACGAGCGCGCAGAGGUGGCAGAGGAAGCGGGGCAUGGUGCUGGUGUGCGAGACUCUCCGCAAGAGGGCUAACGCUGUCCUCGCGCUUGCUGAUGGCGCAUCCGACGGGGGUGCGUUGGCAGGGAGGGAGCGGCUCGAACGCGACCAUGGCGACACCAAGCGCCGCUUUAGGCGUUCCCUAGCUGGCGGGUCGGUCGCAUCGGCCGUCCCUUCUCAGGGGUGGCUGGUCGCGCAGCUCUGCGUGCAUGCCGACCCCGCGUUGAUGAAGGGCGUCAUUGAGUUUUUGUGAGGCCGCGCGUGCCGCGCAGGGGACAGCAGCAGUCGUUUCGCAGGAUUCGUAAGAGGCCCGCAGGACCCUCGUAGAUCGUCGGCGAUAAAUGGUGGUGGAGCUGUUUCGGAACGCGAAUUUUCUGUGUGGUAAGAUAGUUCGUCCCACUUCAUAGUUUGUUUUAAUAUUUGUUCGGCUCCAAAGAGCCAAAAGGUUGUGUUCGCAGUAGUCACACACUGCUUGUCGUACUAACACUGCUGUUGGGCCGUGGAGUUUCCCUCUCCGGCCCCACCUUGAUUUUGUCAAUUCAAGGGGAGGUACAAUAGUUCUGCUCUUUUUUCUCAUAUUUUUUAACUGCUGUUCGUCCGAAGUUAUCAUCCGAAUGAGGGGAUGCCAUGUACCAUAUCUUACUCUUUGGUAGGGAGGAGGUUUCGAAUCGUUGGUGCUUC